AUGUGUGGUAUUCUUGCAAUUUUUCAUUCAUCUGUUGAUAAAAAUAGAUUAAGAAGAAAGGCCCUUGAUUCAUCAAAAAAAUUAAGACAUAGAGGGCCUGAUUGGAAUGGUAUAGUAAUAGAAGAGAACAAUGAUGAAACUUUAAAUGCUAUUGCUCAUGAGAGGUUGGCUAUAGUUGAUGUAUUAUCUGGUCAUCAACCAUUAUAUGAUGAUGAAAAAGAGAUAUGCUUAACUAUUAAUGGAGAAAUAUAUAAUCAUUUAGAAUUAAGGAAAUUAAUAAAAGACGAAUGUUUAAAUCGUUUAACAAGUUUUUCUGAUUGUGCUGUUAUACCAAAUUUAUAUAAAAUAUAUAAAGAAAAAAUGCCUUCUAUGUUAUAUGGAAUUUUUUCUGGAGUAAUAAGUGAUAAAAAGAAUAAUACUUUUUUUGCUUUUAGAGAUCCUAUAGGGGUAUGUCCUUUAUAUAUGGGUUAUGCUUCUGAUGGUUCUAUUUGGUUUGCUUCUGAAUUUAAAGCAUUAAAAGGUCAUUGUAUAAGAUAUGUUACUUUUCCUCCAGGUCAUUAUUAUAAAAAUACUAAUAAUAAAGGUGAAUUUGUAAGGUAUUAUAACCCUAACUGGUGGGACUUAAAUAGUUCUAUUCCUAAUAACAAAGCUGACUUAAAUGAAAUUCGUCUACACUUAGAAAAAGCAGUUAUUAAAAGAUUAAUGGGGGAUGUGCCAUUUGGUGUUUUAUUAUCAGGAGGAUUAGAUUCGUCUAUUGUAGCUUCUAUUAUUGCAAGACACUUAAAAACAUUAGAUAACUCAUCUAGUAAUAAUGAUAUUAUUUCAAGAAAAUUGAGGAGUUUUUCUAUAGGAUUAAAAAAUUCGCCUGAUCUAAAAGCAGCUAAAGAAGUAGCCGAAUAUUUAGGUCUUCAUCACAGCGAAUUUCAUUUUACUGUAGAAGAAGGAGUGGAUUCUUUACAUGAUGUAAUUUAUCAUAUUGAAACUUAUGAUAUAACUACGAUUCGUGCAUCAACCCCUAUGUAUAUCCUGUCUAGAUUAAUAAAAAGUUCCUGUGUUAAAAUGGUUUUAAGUGGAGAAGGAGCUGAUGAAAUAUUUGGAGGUUAUUUAUAUUUUCAUAAAGCACCAAACAGAGAAGAGUUUCAUAGAGAAUUACAAAGAAAAGUUCAUGAGUUACAUAUAUAUGAUGUGUUAAGAGCAAACAAAUCGACUAUGGCAUUUGGUGUAGAAGCACGAGUGCCAUUCCUUGAUUUAAAAUUAUUGGAUCUUAUUAUGAAUAUAGAUCCACAAGAAAAAAUGUGUACAAAUAAUAAAAUGGAAAAAGAUAUUUUAAGAAGAGCAUUCGUAGGUUAUCUACCAGAUCAUAUUUUGUUCAGGCAAAAAGAACAAUUUUCUGAUGGAGUAGGAUAUAAUUGGAUUGAUGGAUUAAAAGAAUAUGCAGAAAAAAAAAUAUCUGAUGUACAAUUCUUAAGAGCUCCUUUUUUAUUUCCAUAUAAUACACCAAAAACCAAAGAAGGAUAUUUAUACAGAUGUAUAUUUGCCGAAUGUUUUCCUGACCAAUGUGCACACGAAUCAGUACCUGAAGGAGUAUCAAUCGCAUGUUCUACAAGUAAGGCAGUUGAAUGGGACGAAGAGUUUAAAAAAAAUGCUGAUCAAUCUGGUAGAUCAGUUUUAGGAAUACAUCGACAUUCAAAACAGUUUGAUGAUGUUAAAAAUAUUGAAAUAAAAAUUUGA